UUUACUGUGCAUGCUGCCGCUCCUUCAAAUAUCACUCUUCGGUUGUUCUCCAAGAGACAACAUGGCGACAUCUCUCUCCUCCAUUAGAAUCUUCACUUUCUCUUCCCCUUCUAUUUUUCCUACACCUUCUCCAAAUAAUCAAUUCCUCGUCGAAUUCCCUCUCCGUUCCAACUUCUCCACCCUCACCCACCGCUCCCCCCACCUCCGUCCCAUCUGCGCCGUUUCCGCUCCCGAGAAAAUUGAAAAAUUGGGUGCUGAAAUUUCCUCAUUGACUCUGGAGGAAGCUCGCACUCUUGUCGACUAUCUACAGGAUAAGCUCGGAGUCUCCGCUGCCGCCUUUGCCCCUGCAGCAGCCGUGGUUGCUGCCCCGGGAGCUGGUGGCGAUGCCGGAGCAGCAGCGGUGGAGGAGAAAACGGAGUUCGAUGUUGUAAUUGAGGAGGUGCCGUCAAGUGCGAGAAUUGCAGUGAUUAAAGCGGUUAGGGCAUUGACGAGCUUAGCUUUGAAAGAGGCUAAAGAACUGAUUGAGGGUUUGCCUAAGAAGUUUAAAGAGGGGGUUUCGAAGGACGAGGCGGAGGACGCCAAGAAACAGCUGGAAGCAGCCGGAGCCAAGGUUAACAUUGUUUGAAACGAGAAUGGGAUUUGCAGGGAAGAAUUUAAUUUUGUGUUAUUCUUUCUGGGCAAAUUUGUUGUCUUUUUAUUUUUGUUACCUGAAAAUUAAAUUGAAUUCACCAAAUUGAAUGUGGAUUUUCAUUGUUUUAGGAUUGUA